GAGGGAGAGCGGAAGAGCUGGGGCUUGUUGUGAAGUUGUGGUGGAGCAGGGGCGGAGCGGAGCUGGCUGUAUCUUUGCUCCAGCUGCGGGCUGAGCAGAGUGUAGUGUCGUGAGUGUAGCAGCUAGCGCUAGCUGUUCAUUCAAAGGGUGACGCUACCCCGGCCGCGGCUCGAUCACAAUCCCCGGGCGCUGUGACGAGGCGGCACCAGCUCCUCCCGGCUCAGCUUGGUGCGAGAGGCGGCCCCGGGGCUGCUUUGUCCAGCGAGCGGGAUGGGGUCCGAGGAGCGCAGCCUGGGGGAGAAACUACUGCAGGAGACCGAGAUAGAGCCAGAGCCAGAGCCAGAGGGAUCGGUGCGAGUCCUGCAGAAGGGCAAUCGUCAAGGGCUGCCAUUUAUCCAGAAGCUUUGCUUUGCCAUGGGAGGUGCUCCGUACCAAAUGACAGGAAACGCCAUUGGAUUCUUCCUCCAGAUCUUCCUGCUGGAUGUGGUUCAGAUGGAGGCUUUCUAUGCAUCUCUUAUUUUAUUCAUUGGUCGAGUCUGGGACGCUUUCACAGAUCCAGGUGUUGGUUUCCUCAUCAGCAAAAGCAGGAGAACAAGAUUUGGCAAGUUGCUCCCAUGGAUUCUGUUCUCCAUGCCGUUUGGAGUUGUUUCUUACUUCCUAUUGUGGUUCAGUCCUUCUUACACGAUGUCCCAGGAAUACAGCUUCCUCUGGUAUCUUAUGACCUACUGUGCAUUUCAUACCUGCAUGAGUUGUUUCCACGUCCCCUACUCUGCAUUGACCAUGUUUCUAGGCGGUGAUCAACGUGACCGAGAUUCUGCAACAGCAUACAGAAUGGGAGUCGAGGUUGUCGCCACGCUGGCUGGAGCUGCUAUUCAGGGCCAGAUCGUGGGAGCCUACCAUACACAAACUAUGGAAACCUGCCAGAUGCUCCAGAAUGUGACAACACUCAACACUACCACUGCACUAGUGAACAGCCUCAAUAACACGAAAUGGGCCUACAUGCUGGCAGCAAUGGUGAUUAGUAGCCUAUACUUCCUCUGUGCAUUGAUUCUAUUAAUUGGAGUUAAGGAACGCGCAGGUUGCUUUACUCCCAAAGACCAUUUCCAUGUGUCGUACCUGACGGGCCUGAAGCUGGUGAUGAGUCACAAACCAUACCUGAGUCUAACCUUUGGCUUUCUAUUCAUCUCCUUGGCUUUUCAGCUCGUCCAGAAUAAUUUUGCCCUGUUUUGCACGCAUGCUGCUGGGCUGGGCAAUCACUUCCAGCACAUCAUCUUUGUCAUCUUGAUCUCUGCAACACUCAUGGUUCCGUUCUGGCAGUGGGUCCUGGUGAAGUUUGGAAAGAAAUUAGCUCUGUUUGUGGGACUGAUCUGGUACAUCCCUCCAUUGAUCACCAUAGUCACGGUGAACGGUAACCUGCCAGUGAUUAUCAUCAUGGCCAUCGCUACUGGGGCCAGCCUUGCCGUUGCCUUCCUGUUGCCAUGGUCAAUGCUUCCAGAUGUUGUGGAUGAUUUUCGAGCAAAGAAUCCUCGCUGCUUAGACCUGGAGCCCUUGUUCUACUCCUUCUAUGUAUUCUUCACUAAAUUCGCUGCUGGAGCCUCCCUGGGCUUUUCAACCUUGUGUUUGCACUUUUCAGGUUACAGACCGGGAACCUGCGAACAAAUCCCAGCCGUGGCGACGACUCUGAAGGUGUUGGUGGCACCCGUCCCAAUAAUGAUGGUGCUGAUCGGAUUGGCGAUAUUUUAUUUUUAUCCGAUAGACGAGAAGCGGAGAAGAGAAUUAAAGAUGGAGCUUGAAGUAGUUCUAACAAGCUGGGAAGUGGAACUCGAAGAGAACACACUUUGAAACCAAAAAAUGCACCAAAUCCUUUGUAAGAUCUGUGACUCGUGUGGAUUCUGGCUUCAGGUUGAAGAUUGAGAUGCCGAAUUCUUGUAAUACAGAUGUGAGGACAAGUGGUCAUCAAAGAGCCGUUCCUCCCGUAAAGAAUCAAACCAGACUCGUCACCGAGCUGCCACAGAGAGACAUGGAGACCGAAGCAGACCUGAACUAACCAAGCCUUACCUCGUCACCCACCAUGGCCAAAACAACAUGACACCAAAAUAAAGAACAUUUGUUUUUGUUUUAAAUUUUUUUUUUUUUUUUUAAAUAAAACCUGUUUUUCUAGUAUAUGUCAAACCAUGCGCUAACUCAGUCUUGGCUUGCAGGAAAAGUUUAAUAACAAUUCCUCGUUCUGCAAGCAGAGCACAAAGUGCUGCAGGAACUCAGCAGGCCAGGUCAGGUCUGCGUCUGUGGAGGGAAUAGGCAGACAGAAGGACUCUUCUUCAGACUUGAAGUGUCUCGACCUGAAACGUCUGUCCAUUCCCUCCAGAGAUGCUGCCUGACCCACCCGAGUCCCUCCGACAAUUUGUGUUUGCUCAAGAUUCCAGCAUAUGCAGUUCACCGUAUCCACCGCACUUUGAAUGGAGAUGUGGGAGCCAAGGUCAUCUCUCAAGCCUCUGACACUUUUUGCCUUCCAUGUGCUACGUCUGGGAGCUAUUGAUAAGGGAGACAGUAGAAAAUGUACUGCCAUUAAAUGCUGCUGAUAUUUUUAUUUCUCAUUUAGAAAAGCAGAAUUUAAAUAUACAACCUCAGUUAAACAGAUGUGUGCGUGCAAUAAAUGAAUUGAACCACAGGAGAAAUCAAGAGAAAAGAUCUAAUUAUAACUGAAUUGUGCUUUAUAAAUCCACAGUAAAGAGAGAUAUUCAUCAUUACGUGUGAAUUUCUCCACUCAUGUAAAUGUAGGAAAAUAAUGUAUUAUAAUAUUGCAGCUAACAUGAAUACAAAUAUAUCAAAAGCAUUUAAUGAAACAAAUGCUGGCCCAAACGUUGCUCAGCCAUCUCUUUAAUACUAUUUGGGUGAGGGGGGUCGGGGGGUGGGUGGGGAGAGCAAUGGCUGAAACGAAGGGGAAGGGAUCUGAAAUACCCUUUUUGCUCUGGUUUCUGCACUGAUCUAUCACCUGGUACUUUGGAAGCCAACAGUUAUUCACUUUUUAAGUGAAUAACUCUCUCGGGGGGGAAUAAGUGUUUUUUUGCAUAAUUACCUGAGAAAUAGCCCGUAAACGCAUUUCCAUAAACUUUUGAAUGUGCACGAGUGUAAAAGUUCUAUUUUUCUAAAAAAAGCAAUGAGUAAUAGGGAAAGGAAGGAUGAUUAAUAGGAAAAAUGAAGAAUUAGAUGAUGAUUAAACUUUUUAUUUAUAUUUUGGUCUUGUUACAAUGUGUUUAGCAUUUUCUGAAAUUGAGUCAAGGACAGUUUAUUGUCACAUGUACCAAUUAAGGUGCAGUGAAAUUUGAGUCAAGCUCGUGAUUUGAAGGAUGAGCCACACUGUUUGUGUUUCAUUGUGUAAUGGAUGGGUGAUUCUGAGAAUAUUCUGUUUUAUUGAACUUCUUCACAGAGCACUGAUGUACUUCAUGCUACUAUUAGCUUUGUGGACAGGAAGCUAAAUAUAACCUCUUACGGCCAAGAUCUUUUAUUAAUUUUAAAAGACAAAAUAAAUUGUAUUCUGGGCCAGUGCACAAAUUAGGGCAUCUUUCAAUAUUUCUCCUAAAGUUUCAUUCAUUUUAUAACUGAUUAUCAGGUGUAAACAAUGUUAAUUUGUGUUGUAAGUUGAAAGGGAGCUGCACAAGUCCAACACCAGAACCAUGGAUGGAUGCCAAUCUAUGAUAGACUUCAAUACAUAAUCUUGCACUUGGUGUUUGAAAACACUCCGUGGGUCAGUCAGCAUCUAUGGAGGGGAUGGACAGACAUUUUGAAGGUCGCGACCCUUUUGCAGACUGGAAAUAUCCCGACCCAAAACGUCGCCUGUUCAUUCCUUCCACAGACGCUGCCUGACCCAUUGAGUUUCUCCAGCACUUUUCUGUCUGUCUGUGCAGUGGCCGGCGAAUCUGAUAAGGAAACAUUUGAAAUCUCUGUGAAGAAACUUGUGGAAAAUAAAACCUCAAUGAUGUGUGAAAAAACAUUGUGACUUUGUGCAGGAAAGUGGUCAAUAAGGGCCAUGAGUGAUAGGAGCAGAAUUAGGCCAUUUGGCCCAUUGGGUCCAUUCUGCCAUUCAAUCAUGGCUGAUCUAUCUCCCUCCUAGCCCCAUUCUCCUACCUUCUCCCCAUAACCCCUGACACCCGUUAGUAGCCAUUCCCAAUAAGCAGUGUCAACACUGGAUGGUUGAGAGGAAGGAUAGCCCAUGUAGGCCCUUUAAAAACUCAUUAGCAGCAAGGUAUCUUUGCUCUAAGCAUGAAACAUCCCAGUUUAGGACCACAGUGGGCCAGGACUUGCAUUUUAUCUCCACAGUUUAUGUUUACGCUGAAUAUCCUUUGGAAGUAACGAGAAUUAAUUGUAAAUGCUUCUGAAAACUUUGUUCUGUCACUUAAAAUCUGUCGGGUGUUUAUAUCUUUUGUUUUCCUUUGUUACAUGAUGUAAAUUUAAUUAUUGUUGUGCACAGAAUUAUAUAUUAAAUUUAUAACAUUAAGUUAA